GCACAGCACCUAGCUUGCUCUUGAAGCUUGCAGCUGACCGCCCACGUGCUUGGAACUCUGCAGGGGGGGACAGCCAUGAAGUCCCUCAUUCCUCUGCUGGUCCUGGCUCAGCUCUGGGCCUGUCACUCGAUCCCGCUGCAGUCAAUUGCCCCAGUGCUGAGACUACCCAAAUGCGAUGACCCCGAAGUGGAGGAGGCAGCCCUGGCGGCUGUGGACUACAUCAAUCAGCACCUUCAUCAGGGAUACAAGCACACACUGAAUCGGAUCGACAAGGUGAAGGUGUGGCCCCGGCGGCCCUUGGGAGAAGUGUUCCAACUUGAAAUAGACACGCUGGAGACCACCUGCCACGCACUGGACCCCACGCCCCUGGCAAACUGCAGCGUGAGGCAGCAGACAGCGCACGCUGUGGAAGGAGACUGUGACUUCCAUGUGUUGAAGCUGGAUGGCCAGUUUUCUGUGUUGUCUGCGAAGUGUGAAUCCACUCCAGACUCUGCCGAGGACGUGCACAGGGUAUGCCCAGACUGCCCCCUGCUGAUCCCGCUGAAUGACUCCAGAGUGACGCACGCUGUGGAUGCUGCCCUGGCUGCCUUCAACGCUCAGAAUAACGGCGCCUAUUAUCAGCUGAUGGAAGUUGCCCGGGCCCAGUUUGUGCCUCUCCCAGCUUCUACCUACGUGGAGUUUGCAGUGGGUGCCACUGACUGUGUUGCUAAAGAGGUCACCGAUCCAGCCAAAUGCAACCUGCUGGCAGAAAAGCAAUAUGGCUUGUGCAAGGCAACGGUCGCUGAGAAGCUUGCUGGGGAAGACGUGUCGGUAACCUGCACCAUAUUCCCAACCCAGCCUGCCGCCCCACAGCCACAGCCAGAUGGUGUCGGUGCACCAGCGGAUGCUUCAGCCGCCCCCCCAGCAGCGGAGCCAGCCGCCCCAGCAGCAGAUGCAGCUGCACUCGCGGCCCCUCCAGCUGGUCAGCCCUCCCAUCCCCAGGUGCUGGGGCCCAUCUUCGUCAAACAUCCCAUAGUACCCAAAGUGCACAAGACGCACCACGACUUGCGCCAUUCCUUCUCCGGGGCGCACUCCAUGGAGUCAGGUUCCGCGGAAGCCUUCCGCCCUUCAAAACCGAUUGGGCCAGCCGUCGCUGUGUCCCCUGCUGGCGCCGCCCCCCAGGUCCCGCCAUGCCCAGGGAAGAUCAGACACUUCAAGAUCUAAACUAGACACAGAUAGAAGGUUUGGCACAAAGAAUGCAGGCACCAUUUUGUCCAAGCCUGAAUAUGAGUAGAUGUCUUGUGUGCUGUCAAAGUCAGUGCCACAUGAGGUCUAGGUUAGCAUCAAGUCUUGCCUCUCACCUCUUUUCUUUCCUCGCGGACUGAAGCAGAGGGGGCGGGGUGAGGCCUGAGGACAGGUGUAAGGCUGGCAUCUCGAUUGCCGUCUCUGUCUUCUGGUUGCUUUCACACAGCAACUGGAACGGGGACUUUAAAAGGUGCUCUAGCCAGUCCUGUAUCUGCCUGUUCAUAAAAUUGCCUAGCCAACUUUUUCCUUAAUAAAGAAGAUUCUAAGCUCAA